GCACUUACCUAACCCUCUCUCUCUGCCUCCUGAGUCUUAACGUCUCCUCCAACCCACCGCCAAAAGCCACCUUCAAUCACCCUGCUUUCAUCGCCCAAAGGCGGACUUUCCCAUGACACUCUCUCUAUUUAUACGAAAAACCCUAACUCCCCUUUCCCUCCAUUCCCUUUCCCCUCUCUCUCUCUCUAAAAUUUUCUCUCUAUAAAAGUAAUGGCGUUAGCUUCCACUCCUCUCUCAAAACCAUUCUUCUCCUCUAAACCCACAUCAUCAUCAUCAUCAUUUCCACCUUCCACUUCUUUCUACUCCCUCAAAUCGCGGCCGUUGAUCGUCCGCAGCAUCGCCGCUGCUCCAUCGGCGGCGCCCACGAAGGUUUCCAAGGAAUUUGAAGUGAAAUCGGUGAAGGCGAGGCAGAUCAUAGACAGCAGGGGAAAUCCGACGGUGGAGGUUGAUCUUGUGACCGAUGAUCUUUACCGAUCUGCGGUCCCUAGUGGGGCCUCCACUGGGAUCUACGAAGCAUUGGAGCUGAGAGAUGGUGAUAAGAGCGUCUAUGGAGGCAAAGGCGUUCUCAAUGCUGUGAGGAACAUCAAUGAGUUCUUGGCUCCAAAACUCGUCGGUAUUGAUGUCAGGAAUCAAGCUGAUGUUGAUGCGAUUAUGCUGGAGCUUGAUGGAACUCCAAACAAGGCAAAGCUUGGGGCUAAUGCAAUACUAGGAGUGUCUCUAAGUGUAUGUAGAGCUGGUGCAGGAGCGAAAGGAAUACCACUUUACAAGCACAUACAGGAAAUAUCAGGAACAAAGGAGCUUGUUAUGCCGGUUCCAGCAUUUAAUGUGAUUAAUGGAGGUAGCCACGCCGGAAAUAAUCUUGCUAUGCAAGAAUUCAUGAUAUUACCAGUAGGAGCAACCUCAUUUGCGGAGGCUCUCCGCAUGGGUAGUGAAGUUUAUCACACACUGAAGGGAAUUAUCAAAGCGAAAUAUGGACAAGAUGCAUGUAACGUUGGAGAUGAAGGAGGCUUUGCUCCCAAUGUUCAGGAUAACAGGGAAGGGUUGGUAUUGCUCAUGGAUGCAAUUGAAAAGGCUGGCUACACAGGCAAGAUUAAAAUAGGAAUGGAUGUUGCGGCUUCAGAGUUUUUAACAAAAGAUGGGAAAUAUGAUCUCAAUUUUAAGAAACAGCCAAAUGAUGGUGCUCAUGUACUUUCAGAUCAGAGCCUUUGUGAACUUUACAAGGAGUUUGUCAAAGAGUUCCCUAUUGUGUCCAUUGAAGAUCCCUUUGACCAGGAUGAUUGGAAUUCAUGGACUUCACUACAGUCUUCGGUUGAUAUCCAAAUUGUAGGUGAUGACUUGUUGGUUACAAAUCCAAAGAGAAUAGUUGAAGCCAUUCAGAAGAAGGCUUGCAAUGGUUUGCUCUUAAAGGUUAACCAGAUUGGCACAGUUACCGAAUCGAUUCAAGCUGCUCUUGACUCAAAAGCUGCAGGAUGGGGUGUGAUGGUCAGCCAUCGAAGUGGUGAAACAGAGGAUAACUUCAUUGCAGAUCUUUCUGUUGGCUUGGCUAGUGGACAGAUCAAAACUGGAGCUCCUUGCCGAAGUGAGCGAUUGUCCAAGUAUAAUCAGCUUUUGCGCAUUGAAGAGGAGCUUGGAAAUGUUCGGUAUGCUGGUGAAGCUUUCAGGUCACCAUAAGCAAAAAGAGAACAAAUUUGAUUUCUUUUGUUUGGAAUAAGUAGUAUACCAAAUUUGCAUCAUGAAACCAAUUACCGGAGCUGUAAGUCAGAGACUUUGUGUCUAGGAGUAUCUUGAGAAGUUUUGUAAAUCUGUUCGGCUUGGAAUGCCAUUUGUAAGGGAAUGUUUUCUGAUCAGCCAGGCAUGUUAUAAACCAUGUCUCAUCAUCAAUUGAAGCUGUUGUUCACUCUGAAUAAAGAAUUGUUUUCUGUAACCACUCAAGUACGAGGAACUGGUUGAAUUUGAUUUUCGUAUAUAUAUAUAUACCUUCACAUGUAAA